CGGAGUGCGGAGACGAUUAUGAAUCAUCCUGCAGCUUUUGUAGACAGUGGAUGCAGAUUCUCUCCGCACUAAUCUGGAGAAUGUAGACUAAAUAAGGUUAUUUAACUUUUAGGUUUUGAGGACCGGUUAGUGUUUAGGAAAUUUAUAUUAACGUGAAAUUGAAGUCCAGAGGAGAUUGACCGAAUGAUACACAUCUACAGUUAUGUAUCAGUUCUUCCAAAGACACUCCCAUGUCUUCGCAUGCAGAUCGCAUGUCGGAGAAACAGAAGGAGACGAGAUUCGACAUGCCAGGAAAUGACCGGGAGGAACCAGCCUGGUUCUCAGGAGAGAAACUGCAAUUACACUGUCUCCCGAGUUUUGGCUCCUCCGUACAUAAAACUUGAAAAUUCCGGUCCUUUGGGGCUUUUUGGAUUCGCAGUCACUACCUUUGUUCUUGGUCUUUAUAGUUUUGGGGUAAAAGCUCUAAUCAAAGAGUAUUCGGACUCGCUGUUUUCAUAGGAGUGACUCGCCCAGUUCGUUGUCGGACUCGUGGAGUUUCGAGUUGGAAACACGUUUGGAAUCAGAGUCCGCAGCACAUAUGCGGUCUUCUGGAUGAGCUACUCCAUGUUUCCGAUUCCAGCACUACUAUGAAGGAGGGUACAAGGGCAACCGACACGAAUACACAUACACGCUAGGGAUAUUCCUCAUCAUCUGGUGCUUUUCAACUGCGGCAUUCUUAUUAGCAGCGCUCAAGACAAACAUCACUAUUAUCCUGUUAUUCUUCACCCUGAUAUUUGCAUUCUGACUCUGCUAUCGCAAACUUCAUGACCACAUUGGACCCGGCUCGGAGUGUCCAGUUUAAUAAAGCUGGAGGGGCAUUAACAGUGAUCUGUGUAGCUGCUGCUUUCUAUGCAGUAGUGUCAGGUCUGGUGGUUCCUGAGACGACGUGGGUGCGGUUGCCUCUGGGCGAGAUUUCUGUUGAGGCGUAAGCUAUUACUGUUGGACCAGAA